AUGGGACAGCCCUCCAAGUCUCCUCCAACUCAUGACGCUAACCUCUCUAGCUCACUUCUUCAUUGGGACGGCAAGUGUCAGAAUUGCCGCAAGCUCAUGUCUCGUUGUAUGUGCUUUCGAGAAUCCGAUACGGAUCCUCUCGACACUCGCGACUCUAGUGAAAUGAUAGCAGACGCUUCUCAAACACGACCACUCUGGAAUGCUUUACGCAAGAUGCACCGCACAUCGACGGUGACGCAUCAGUCGCUUAUGCAGCUGCCCAAGAGCUUACAGCCUUCCAGUCAUAUGUUAAACGACAACCAUUGCAAACGCAGUAAAGCUCUGCCGUCUCGCAAAGCCACAACUUCCGUCACGUCGACCUCCAAGUCUCGGCAUCACGUUGAUAAACGUUCGGAUACGCGACCUUCUCAGCGCUCGAGAUAUGACAGGAGGAAGCCGAGAGACGGAUCCUUGCUGGAUCAUUCGUUGUGCUACAAAGACGGAUUGCAGCGUGCCGACGUCACUAGCAGCAGUUACAUCCUUAAGCGAGAUGUCAAAGAUGGUGGUGUCAUGCGCUCGGUACAGUCGAUAUACAGUAUUGACAAGCAUAAUCUCAUUAGCACGAACCGGCCCAAGGAAAAUUUUAGGUGUGGGUUGGAAGAAGGUUUAAGACCUAGCGACGAAAAUGAUGGAACUGUAUGGGAGUUGUAA